UAGUGCGGAGCAUCUCCAGCCCGGCCCCCGAGCAUCUCCAGCCCGGCCCCGCGGGUAUCUCUGGGAAGAACUGUCCAGCAGGCAGCGGGAUGUGGAACGAGACGCCGAGCCAGGCGAGCGAGUCCAACUUGAGCCUGGACUACCCCGACGAAGCUCUCAACGGCUCCCGGGCGGACCAGCUGCCCCCCUUCCCCGGAGCCCUGCUCACCGGGGUCACGGUCACCUGCGUGGCCCUCUUUUUCAUCGGCAUAUCGGGCAACCUCAUGACCAUGCUGGUGGUGUCCCGGUUCCGGGACAUGCGGACCACCACCAAUCUCUACCUGUCUAGCAUGGCGCUGUCCGACCUGCUGAUCUUCCUCUGCAUGCCCCUGGACCUGUUCCGCCUGUGGCAGUACCGGCCCUGGAACUUGGGCGACUUUCUCUGCAAACUCUUCCAGUUCAUCAGCGAGAGCUGCACCUACUCCACCAUCCUCAACAUCACGGCGCUCAGCAUCGAGAGGUAUUUCGCCAUCUGCUUCCCCCUCAGGGCCAAGGUGGUGAUCACCAAGGGCAAGGUGAAGCUGAUCAUCCUGGUCAUCUGGGCCGUGGCCUUCUUCAGCGCCGGCCCCAUCUUCGUCCUGGUGGGAGUGGAGCACGAGAACGGGACCGACCCCCUGGACACCAACGAGUGCCGGCCCACGGAGUUCGCCAUCCGCUCGGGGAUGCUCACCAUCAUGGUCUGGAUCUCCAGCAUCUUCUUCUUUCUGCCCGUCUUCUGCCUGACUGUGCUUUACAGCCUCAUUGGAAGAAAACUGUGGAGGAGGAAGAGAGAGGACGUGGGACUGAGCGCUUCUAUCCGGGAUAACAACCACAAACAAACUGUCAAAAUGUUAGCCAUGGUGGUGUUCGCUUUUGUCCUCUGUUGGCUGCCAUUUCAUGUGGGACGCUACUUAUUCUCCAAAUCCUUCGAACCUGGCUCUGUGGAGAUUGCGAUGAUUAGCCAGUAUUGCAACCUGUUCUCCUUUGUCCUCUUCUAUCUUAGCGCAGCCAUCAACCCCAUCCUUUACAACAUCAUGUCCAAGAAAUACCGCGUGGCUGUCUUUAGGCUCUGGGGGCUUGGCCAAUUCUCCCAGAGGAAGUUGUCUACUAUAAAAGAUGACAGUUCUCGGGCGUGGACAGAAUUGAGUAUCAAUACAUGAUCAAAAUAAAUUCAUGAGCAAAACAAUCACAAGUCUCAUAUGAAAGCCAUAAUGCAGUAGAUCUUGGUGAGAUGUUCAAGGAUAGGUUUGGAAAUAAGUAGGGAACUACCCUGGAGGAGUUGUCCUUUUGCCAUCUAGGAUUCACGGGGAUGGGGAAAAGAAUAGGGCAAAAAAUAAGGAUUUUGUUGCAUGGAAAAUUUGGCUUGAUUGAAUCACUUAUCAGGGUUCUUGUUUAACAUUUAUGUUGUAUUCACUACCUGUGAUUUUCUAUUCACACAUUGUUGUGGAACCAGAGAAAGGAGAAGGGAUCCUUGGAAUGGAUUGGAUCAAAGAAAAGCUUUCACAUUAUUUUGUUUUGGGUUGCUGAAUGUGAAAUUAGAUGUGCUUAUUUUUACAAUGAUGAAGCAUAUUUAGUGCAAAGAAACAUUACUGAUAAAUAUAAAUAUGGAAGAUAUUCAAAAACAAUCAUCUCUAUGUAGUCCUGAAUAUAUGGAAAAUAAAAAUUUUACUUUGGCUAAAAUGCCUUAUAAUCAA